AUGGACAACAGCACAGCGGUUUUAAACCCGCAACCAAAUGACAGCGGCGGAACUAAUAAUAUGGAACCCAUUUCAGUCGGCAGCCUUUUUGGCAUGUUCCUCACUCUCAACUUUUGCCUCAUGACCCAGCCGAGCGGGAAUCUCGUUUUCUGGUGGGAUCACGCGUUUCUCAGUAGGAUCAACCCCAUGGUAUGUGUCCUGGAGAGCGGGUUCAUCGUGUACCAGCUUGCCAAGGUACUCUGGACAUCCCGUCAUUCGUCAAGACGUUGGAAAGAAGUCCAUUUGACGGUUGCAAGCCUACUUCUUAUCCGCGCAAACCCGUAUUCGGAAGGCGAAUGGGGCGCUGGCCUCUUGAAUGACCUCAUGGAUGGAUUCAUCUCGGACUCCUGGAAAGCGGCUUGCAGCCGCAGUGGGAGGCAACAGAGCCUCUGGACCACUCUGAGCCAAAGGUUUCUGACUCGAAUAGAGGGUCUGCUCUAUACGGCUUGGAAGAAACCCCAAGAGCAUGUCAUUGCGGCCGAACGUGCAGUGACCGACCCACAGGCUUGCGCAGCAUCCACCUCUGCGGUUCCUCUUGCCAACCUCCCGGGUCUGUUCGCCGCCGCUCAACCCUAG